AUGAAGAAAGAUCGAGGAUAUUCUGAAGAGUACGUAGCUGAUAUAAACGGCGUCGGCGUGUCAACGGUUUUAUGGAAGGAUAAAAAGCUUGUUACAUUGGCUUCCAAAUUUGCUGGACUAAUUCUUAUAACCGAAGUCUGGAGAUACCACAAAAAGAACUUAAGAUACAUAAACGUCCUGCGUCCUAAUGUUGUAGGCGAGUAUAACCGUCGUAUGGGCGGUGUAGGCCUUGGAGAUAGCAUUAUGGGCAUCUACGAGAUAAAACUGAGAAGCAAACGUAACACCCACAGGCUCCACAAGCUGUCCGCCAAGAUCAAGUCGUUUGCUGGCCGCAAUAGGCAGAAAAAUCCGUUGUAA